CGAACAGCCAUCAUCAUGCACAGAUAAAAGUAAAAACAAAUGUGCACACAUAUACGCCUAAGUAACAUAUGGUCCUAACUCUCUCAUUGGCUGAGGUCUUCUCAACGUAAACGUGUCGCGCGUGCGGCAAGACAUGCCAACAAAUGGAGUUGGAAGGGAUGAAUUUUCUAACUACCAAAGGGCUUGGAAAGUUGACUUAGUGGGUGCAUGCGGUGGGGUUGGGGUCAAGUUUGAGAGGUGUGUAAGCAUGCAUCGCAAUACAGGAUGCCGCUUGGAAAUAGCUGUUUUUAUUUUGACCUUAAUACAUGUACACAUAUCCUUUAUUCGCCCUCAAGCAGUUUGUCGUCUUGGAUCCGGUUUGGACAAGCGACGCUGCAUUCUGAUUGCAGGACGUCGAGCAGGAAACAGCGAGACAGACCUCCGUGUGCUUCACCGUCAAACAAAACUCGCACAAAAUGUCGUGGAAGUUGUUGUGGGUGUUUUGCGCUAUUAGCAGCCAGACUACACGACUAGAAGGGUCAGAUUCUCAAAAGACUCUGCUCCAGUUGUUCCAAAAGUACAAAGAUACCUGGAAAGAACGGAACUGCACAUUUCCAGAUCCAUCAACGUACACAACAUCGACAGCUUUCAGCAAGCUGAGAAACAUAAAGCUGUCAUACGACGAUCCCUCACCCACUGGGCAAACAGACAGUGAAAUACCACUUACGCCUUGUCAGGACCCGAAUGUCAUCCUGAGUUCUCCAAAUAAAACAAUCCAGCAGAACUCCACUGUUAACAUAUGUGUCGCAUUUUUCGAGGUUUCUCUUCAGUUCUGCAACAUAUCAAGUCUGGAUGAGGCACUGAAGAAAGACAAUCUCGAUCGACUAACCGAAGAGUUUCGAUCAAGUUCUGUAUGCAGUAUACUAGUCAGCAAAUUCAACUUUCCCUUCUUGAACUUCCUAACGACCUCUGUGGAAACCUGUCAAAAUCAGUGUGAGAAAAAUAGCAUCCUUGCUCCUCUCUGCAGACUUCUUACUGCUACUUUGAAAGCAUCAGACCCAGGCAAUGAUGCAGACAAACACAGCAGGCUAGAAACUACAAGUACUGCAAUGUCAACAGAAAGAGCAACUGCUAGGUCAGAUGUUACACAGCCAAGUAAACCCCCACCAAAUAGUGCAGUAAAAAGUACUGGAACCAUACCACCCAAAAGAAACGUAACUGAAGUCAAGACGAAAAAUGAAAGUUCAAGUCCUGAGCCAGAUGUUGACAAUUCCAAGAUCAGCAGCACACAGUCUAAUGUUACAGCUCUUAAAACAUCUUCCAUAGAAAACAAAGGAUCUCCUGAAACUAGUACUGAAAAAAUAACGAUGAGCACAGAACAAAGUGAGACAGAAUCUUCACCAGAAAGCACAGCUGGUGAAGUAGGCAAAGGAGCUAAAACUAUGGAUUCUUUGUCACAAAAUACCACUCUAGAAAAAAAAAUUUCUAAAGAUGACAAGAACCAAGUUACCAGUGGGGCACCUACAGCAUCUGAAAACAGCACAGCUAAAAAUGCACAAUCCAAUAAAAAAGAACCUUCUGAAAUGACAGAAGGAGCUAAAACUAUGGAUUCUUUGUCACAAAAUACCACUCUAGAACCAAAAAUUUCUAAAGAUGACAAGAACCAAGUUACCAGUGGGACACCUACAGCCUCUGAAAACAGUGCAGCUAAAAAUGUUCAAUCCAAUAAAAAAGAACCUUCUGAAAUGACAAAAGAUGCUUCAGACAAAAAUUUUGAUCAAGAUGAAAUCAAAGAGAACAUGGCAGACAAAGAUGGAUCCACCGUUGAGGUCCUGCUCUGGAUAUGUAGUAUUUUGGUUGUUGGUAUGGUGGUUUUGCUCCUGUACAAGAAGAGGCAAACGAUCCAGAACUAUGCUAUGAAGUGCAAGAUAGUAUCAAGGAACUUGUGGCAAGAGUCUGGUAGCAAGGUGAAGUAUGCUAAGCUUACGUCGGUGGAGGAUGCAAUACCUACUGUGAAGAAAUCAGUCCAGGCUAAGAACCAUAUUUACUGACAGCUAUCACAAGAAUGCAUAAUGCAUCUUGUCUACUAUAUAAGACUUUUUCUGUUGGCUCCAGCUACAAAUCAGUUGCUUUGUCAGGAGAAUGCCUUCCAAAAUUUACUGGAAUAUGCCUUCUACCUGCAUUAAUAUCACCCAUGACAGGAAUUUACCAAAACAUCAGAACUUUUGAAAAUGUUAACAUUUGGUGCUAUUAAUAAAUUAAGAAAAAGUA